CCCACAACAGCUCUGGGUUCCAUUCACUAGCGUUGGAAGCAUUUGACCAAUGCAGAGUACUAGAUUGUUGCAGAGGUGUUUGUUAUAUCCCUGCAAAAUCUGCAUCUGAAGUAAACACUGAAGGAUUCGAAGAACAAAUUUCAACGCUCCGUGUGAGCAAUGGAUGGAAUGGUGAGCCCUACAAUGGAAGAGUCGAGUGGAAGCUCCCAGCAGACCAACAGCAGCAGAGAUGGUGCAAGUGGAGACGGCACAAAUGCAAAUGACACUGGGGUGAAGAGUGAGUCUUCGAAAGGAGACGCUGCUGCAGACAACAGGGCGGUUGAUACUAGUGGUACGGUCACCCUCAGCGGUCUCGUAGACUACGACUCUGAUUCUAAUUCCAGCAGCGCGGUCACAAAUGGAGAAGAAACUGCCCCAGCCUCCGCCCCUAGUGACGAGAAGACUCUAAAAGGGAAGGAUAGUAUUAAGAGUGAGGAGGAAAGCCAGACUACUACUUACAGUGGUGGAGAUGGUACCAGGUCACAGGAGGUAGUCCGCCACAGUCCACAGCCACAGCCUCCCACACAUGACCUCGGCAGGGAUGAGAGGACUGUCACAGCGACAGAGCAGGUCACGAAAGAAAAAGAAAAGGGGGAGGGGGAGAGGAUGGAAGUAGACAUCCCGAGUCCGCCGGUUGUAAAGGAGGAGGGUGAGGCAGACUGUGCUUCCAAGGGUGAAAAGAAAGAGGUUGAGGAUCAGAAGGAGGCAGUUGUAGCCAGCGCAUAUAAGGGUGAAAUAAGAGAGCGAGAGGCACGGAAGGAGGCAGAGGUAGCGGAGACCAUCAAGGUUGAAGAACGAGGAGAGGAGCAGGAGCAGGGUAAGAAGGAGAAGGUGGUAGCAGGUGGGGAGGAUAGUGGUGCUGGGGAUGCUAUGGAGGUGGACACCCCAGCGGGUGGUGGUGACGACGGCGAUGACAACUCUGAUGCCGAUGACCUCACAGUGGUGACAGUCCCCGUGGUCUCCGAGAUCAAGGAGGAGCUGAGCAUGGAUGACGAGCCCAGCACCUCUGGACGUGCAGCCGGAGACGAGCGCCUGAAGGAUGCAGACACCGGUCUGGACAUGGGGGUGGACAUGGAGCUAAGCUCGGAGGGCUCCAGUGUGGGCGGAGGGGUAUCGGGGACAAAGACGACCACCUCAGAUACAAAGACGGGAGAUGGUGAAGGCAUUUCACGGAAGAAGACCACCAGGGUCACGGAGGCAGACAACGAGGACCUGGACAUGGGAGUGGAGACGGUGGUGGAGGAGAGGGAGAGGCCCAGCGUGAUGUCAUCAAACAGCGACUCUGGAAACAAGGCAAAGAAGUCAGAUUCAGGUGCGCUGAGCCCAGACGAACCGCUGAAGGAAGAAAAUGACAGUGACGCAUCCAGUGACAACACAGCCCACCACAUUGCUGCACACAAAAAGAAGGCCAGCGCAUCAGAUUCCCGGGUCCCGGACGCGGUGCCUGCGGCGGACCUGCGGCUGUCCAUUAAGGACGAGCCCCUGGACGAGGCUUAUGACCAGGCGCUACACCCCUUCACCACUGUCGACAUCAAGGAUGAGCCCAGCACGGACUUUGAUCCGCCGAAGCUGUCUGAUGAGUUCAAGAUCAGUGCUGUGUACUCUGUGGGAGAGACGCCUACUACAGCUGGCAAACUGGCCUCAGAUGUGUCGUCGACGGUGAAGCCUGGGACGCAGGUGGUAGCGCUCCCCCGGCAGCUCCCGGCUGCCAGUGCGGUGUGUGUGCUGUGCUCCGGCUGCUCCAAGGUGCUCCUGAAGGGCCAGACAGCGUACCAGCGUAAGGGCUCAUCGCACCUCUACUGCUCCACCGCCUGCCUCACUGGCACAAACACCACAGGCACCACGGGCGCCGCCGUCAAGGGCAGCAACGUCAAGAAGAACUGCUUCUUCUGCCUCAAGGCAAUCACCACCCCGAAGGAUGUGAUCACGGCCCCCGUGGACAAAUCCGGCUCAGUGCAGGACUUCUGCAGUCAAAAAUGUCUGACGGCCUUCCACAUGAAACGAGACAGCGCCCUCAACACUGUCACGGCACACAAGGCAGCAGAGAACACCUCGCGCUGCAGCUCUUGCCAGAAACUUGUGCCGUGCAAGCACGAAGUGAACUUCAUGGGGACGGUGCACAAGCUCUGCAGCGACGAGUGUUUCACGCGUUACCGUUCGAACCACAAGCUGGUGGUGAACUGCUGCUCCAAUUGCGGGGCCUACUGCUUCGACGGUACCAGUGGCCACACGCUGCAGAUGGACAACAUCAGCAAGAAGUUUUGCAGCCAGGGAUGCAUCACUGCCUUCCGCAAGAAUCGUCUGACAACGGUGGCGUGUGCAAUGUGCAAGGUGCCCCGUACGGCUGCCGACAUGGUGGAGGGAGUAGACAGCACAGGCAAAACGGAGCUCUUCUGCUCUGCCACCUGCGUGACAGCUCACAGGGUGCACACAGUAAGCUCCUCAGGCUCCUCGUUGGCGUGUGAUAAAUGCAAGAAGAUGGCUGUGCCUCAGUACCACCUGGCCAUGUCCGACGGCUCCAUACGCAACUUCUGCACCUUUAACUGUGUCGUCAGCUUCCAGGAGAACUUCAACAAAUCGAAUGCCCAGACGAAGCUGAAUGUGGUGCCGGCUAAGGAAGCGGCCACGUCCUCACCCGCCAGCGCAAAGAGCCCCGUGUUGUCCCACACCCGGGCCGCUACCGCCGCCAGGAAAGCUAACAAGCUGAUGUGCCGGCAGUGCAACCUCAUCAUCACCAGCCGACCCAGGGUUGUGGAGGUUAAGGGUAAGAUGUAUGUGGUGUGCAAUAAGCUGUGUGACGGGGAGUUCAGGAAGGCGAGCAUCGCGCCGGGCAAGUGUGACUACUGCAAGAUGGACAAGGGCAUCAAGGAGAUGAGGAAAGUGGAGAACGUGGAGCGCUACUUCUGCAGCGAGGGAUGCGCUUUGCUGCACCGGCACGAGCUGACCAGGCAGUUUGGUCGGAAACACUGCCGGCAGUGCAAGUACUGCGGGAACAUCUCUCGGCAGCUGGUGAAGAGCCUGUUCGGGGGCAAGCCUGAGGAGUUCUGCAGCCAGGACUGUGUCGCCGCCCACACGCUGGUCUUCUGCCAGGUGACCAAGUGUGCGAAUUGCCAGAAGGCUUCAGGCAUGACGGAGAGCCUGUGUUGGCUGGGAAAGAUGAAGCACUUCUGCACUGUAGCCUGCACCAUCGAGUACUGCCGUAACAACAGCAACAACGACUACUUGAUGCAUUCAGGUAUGACGAGUCACGACAGCCCCGCAAUGUCCAAGCAGGCCUCGCCAAUCAUCGGCAAUGUCAUCUCGUUCUCCAGCACCCCCAACGGCCAGUUCAGUGUUCUGCAAGGUGCAGAACCAAACAUGGCGGUGAAGACCAUGUCCCAUGGGAGCACGCAGACAGAUGCGUUUAAGAUCCCGGCCCCUCAGCCCCCCCGGAUCCUGAAGAACAAGGCGCUGCUCUGCAAGCCCUUCACACAGACCAAAGCCACACUCUGCAAGCCCACACACCAGACCACUAGCACACAGACGGAGGACAAGUACCCACACGUGAUCGUGAUGCCCAUCCCAGUGCCCGUGUACGUGCCUCUACCCAUGAACCUCUACAGCCAGUACGCUCCCCAGGCUGUGGGGCUGCCCAUGCCUGUGCCGGUGCCCAUGUUCCUGCCCACCACGCUGGACAGUGCGGAGCGCAUCGUGGAGACCAUCCAGAAGAUCAAGGAGAAGAUCCCCACGGACCCCCUGGAGGCCGACCUCAUCCUGAUGGCCGAGAUGGUGGCCGAGGCGGAGGAGAACAGCAGCAGCAAGGAGCGGAACAGGGACUGGGAGGGGGACCGAGACAGAGAGCGGGAGCGGGAGAGGGAGCCCCCCAGCCUCAGCCACAGUAACAGUCACAGCUUCAGGCCCAGCGAGGGCCACAGCCGGAGCCACACGCCGGCACCCAGCCACAGCUUCAGGCCGAGCCAGAGUGUAGCACCCAGCCCGAGCUACAGCCAGAGCCAGAGCUACAGCCAGAGUGUAGCACCCAGCCAGAGCUACAGCCAGAGCUACAGCCAGAGUCACAUGACGACACCCAGCCACCCCUACAGGCACAGCCAGAGCCACACGCCGGCACCCAGCACCCAUAUAGACGAUGAUCCAGCUUCUCCCCCGACGCUGGAUGAUUUUGAUUUGGAUGCGCUGGGCUGGGACGAGGACCUCCUGUCAGACCGGCAGCCCCCCAGCUUGCCCCCGCCCCCAGAGCCCGUCCUACCACCACCGCCCCCCGAGGAGCAUGUGGACCUGGAGGCAGACUUUUCUAUUGAUAUCCUGCAGAGGGCCGCAGCCGCAGCAGAGCUGUCCAUGCAGCAGCCAGACUCGCCGCCACCGCCGCCCUCAAAACGACCACGACGCAAAGCUGCCACCGCCGCCGCUGCCAGACGACGGGCUCGUGGGCGUAAGGCCGCGGUGGUAGUGGAGGAGGAGGCCCCCGUGUUGGACGUGCGUAAGCUGCAGUCUCAGUACGGCAUCAAGGCCUGGCGGAGCUGGGUGCGCUGGAGGAACAGUCAGCCCGACGUCAAAACACCACGCUUCGGAUCGCGGCCCAUGGUCCUGAAGGAGGACCUGCUUCAGUGCACCACAGCUGAGCUGAGCUUCGGCCUCUGCAAGUUCAUCAGCGAGUGCAAGCGGCCCAACGGGGAGCCCUACACACCUGACAGCAUCUACUACCUGUGCCUGGGCAUACAGCAGCACCUGUUUGAGAAUGGGCGCAUGGAGAACAUCUUUGCCGACUUCUUCUAUAACAAGUUCACGCAGGAGAUCACCAGGCUGCUGCAGGACUGGCAGCCCGUGGUAACACCCACAGGCUACGUCCACUCUCGCGUGCAGGAGGAGUACCUGUGGGAGUGUAAGCAGCUGGGUGCCUACUCCCCCAGCGUGCUGCUCUACACCCUCUUCUUCUUCUGCACCAAGCUGUUCGGCCUGCGCACCGUGGAGCAGCACCAGCGCCUCUCCUUCGCCCAUGUCAUGCGCUGCACGCGCUCCUCCAGCGGCAGCGCUAGCAAGGCCGUCUGCCUGAGGUUCUACCCGCCCAUCACGCGCAAGGACGCGCCCAAAGAUGAUGAGGAGGCCUCUGGCAAGAGGAAGAAGGAUGAGGACGAGGAGCCGGUUCUAGAGAUGCAAGAGAACGCAGAGAACCCCCUACGCUGCCCCGUCCGCAUCUACGAGUUCUACCUCUCCAAAUGCUCGCCGUCCGUGAAGCAGCGCACCAACGCCUUCUACCUGAUGCCGGAGCGCUGCUGCGUGCCCAACAGCCCCAUGUGGUUCUCCUCGGCGCCACUAGAUGGCAACGCUCUCCAGGCCAUGCUGACGCGCAUCCUGGCCGUGAGAGAGAUGCACUUGCCACAGGAGCCCAUCACAGUACAACGCCACUCCACUGACGAAGAGGACUCUGACUGAACAUGCUCGCGCUCACACACGUACUGUAAAAGACUCAAAAGACGCAACGAUGGCUCUGCGCAGGAGAAUCAACACUUCAAGUACUAUGUUUUGCACAUAUACAGAGGACGGAUCGCACAUACAAAUGAACAGAACAAUAUGGACAUGAGUUCACAAUAGUGUGCUUCUACACAAAUACUCUUGAGCCUGAUUUUGUAUUAAAAUACUCUCUUGAUUCAGCAGGACUGCGUGGUGAUAGCAAUGCGCAUGUACACUUUUAAGCAGUAAUACAGACAUGAUUGACAAUGACGGUCUGCUGUUGUCCUUUGCUGUUGUACAGUGGCCUGUUCAACUGUUCUGCCUCCUAUCAGUGUUUCUCAUAGGCAGUGUACUGAGGCCCAUGUCUACUUUAAAUCAGCCAAACUGAUACUCAUGAAGGCAGUGGAGGAGCUGAAGUCCAGUGACCCCCUCAGAGACCAAAAGCGCAGUAGUCCAAGUCAAACUACUACCUCACAACCUUUCCUCUUGCUUGUGACGUUGUAGGGCCAGACUCGACGUCAUUGAUGAUCAAAGUUUUAUUAGAUUUUUUGCCAAGGCACAAUUCAGAGGUCAUUAUCUCAUUUGCAAUCAGGAUGUUGAAUUUGGAAAGGCUCCCCAAAAGUUUAGGUUGCUCUGCUUAGGUUGACAGCGGGGUAAGUAUUGGGUUCUCCACAGAGGCCGACUGGUACCAAGGCAAGAGGCCACAGGAAACAGGAAAGGACGGGAGGUAGUAGUUUGGCAUGAACUCAAUGUACUCCACACAUGACUCGUUCAGGCAGACUGAGAGCUAUGCCGGUGCCCGUUACCCGUACCUAAUUGCCAACCGGCUGGCGUUUUCACGCCGUGGAUCUUAGUGUCGCGAACCGGACCGUUGGUUCGCAAUACGAAUCGGAAAAUGCUUCUUCAUCCGGGUUACACACAGUGCUGUGAAUUUCCGGGUGGGUCGCAGGUAAGCGCUUUAGUGCUGAACUGGUGCGGACACCGGCACCGGCACUGUUCUGGUUGGCCUGAGAACAGAAACAGUGGAAUGACUGUGCUUUAAGCAGGGGCAGAAUGGUCAGCAGCAGCAGCAGGAACUAACUAACCAACCAACCAAGGAGCUGAUAUGAGAUUGCUGGAGUUUAUAAAGGUGUGCUGAAUGGAGCGCACUUCCUGUGGUCGUGGGUAUCAAAAUAAGAGUGAAGCAUUUGACUUUUUUCUUUUUUUUUGUCAGAUUAUGUUGCAUUCCGCAUCUCACAUCUAGAUGUGACCAGCCAAAUGCAUAUCUGCCAGUCAGUGUUUUUCGAAGCACUCAUACAAUUGCUUCCCUCAUCUUAUGCCGAGUGUAAAGAUGCAUCCACUUGUUAAACUUAUGCUGUGUGUUUGUGGAGGUGUUUUUUUCUACCAAUCCAGAUUGAUUGUUUUUUUUGUUUUUGUUUUUUAUUUCUCAUCAAUUGAUGACACUAAAGCAACAGAUGUACAUGUGUAACAUUAGCAGGAGGAUCUCAUUGCUGUAGUAGAUGGAAAACCAGACUUGCCCCUGAAGAGCAGUCCAGUUGGAAAUGUUUCGCCAUUCUGACCUUUUAUUGUAUGUCUCGAAAAUGUUCUCAGUAAACAAAGUGUUUUUAUUCA